GUGCGUCGCAGUCUCUCUCCAAAUGCGUACUCGUGCACAUAGACUUGGCCGCGAUCACGCGAACCCCAAUGCUGCGUAAUUUGCGCGCCGCCUUCCACCAGAGACACUUUGGUGAAUUGUACCUUUCACGGAUCGAAGAUACAUGUUCCGUUUUCAGUCCCUUGAUGAAGAUUGUACCCUGGAGAAGGAGGAGGGGCUGGUAGAAGAAGAACAUGAGAUUGACCAGUUUAAUGACGACACCUUCGGAGAUGGGGCCAUCGACGAUGACUGGCAGGAGGAGCACAAGCGGCUAGCUGAGCUCGAAGAACAAAAGAACGAUUUACUCGGAGGUUUAGGACUAGGGACACUAGGGAUGGGGGGAAUGGGAGGAGGAAACGCCUCCACUGUUCACCUUCCUCCUCCCGCCAGUCGCGUCCCCCAUCCGUCUUCCCUCCCACCACCACAUCACUCCCUCUCUUCGAUGCCCCCUCCGGGCCUGGAGGAGAGGGGGGGAGGCGUCCUAGCCGAGUCCCUAGCCAUGUUGAUUCUCGGGGCGGACCCGGCCAUCGCCAGUGUGGGUGGUCCAGCCGGGCCUGAUGACCGAUCCACUGGUCUCCCUCCUCCCCCUUCCAUUCCCCUGCAGCAUCACCACCCCUCCCAGCUCCCUCUCCACCACCAGCUGACCCCGUCUGGGCUACCACCCGGCCCACCGCACCUCUCCCUGCUUAGCUACCAGCAGCAUCAGCACCUUCUACGACGAGGGGCGGCCCCCAUGCAACAGAUGAACUCUCACAAUAUCUGGGAGAACAACUUGGGAUUCGGGCCUGUGAGCAUCACCCCUGGACUAAUCACUCAAAUGGAGGACAGUCCACUUAUGUCUAUCAUCAAAGAAGUGGGGCUGCCCAAUCGGCCUCCGCCAAUGAUGAGCGAGGAUGGGCGGGACUUGUCAGAAAGGGCCCCCCCGCCUCGCUCGUCCUCUCCCGUGAUUGGUAGCCCACCAGUGAGGGCUGUGCCUAUCGGGACUCCGCCCAAGCAACCGAUUAGUCAUGCUAUGAAUCAUCAUCAUCAUCAGCAGAUCCACCACCCCACUGCCGUUCAUGUGCGAGCCCCGGUCCACCACCAACACCGCUACCCCCCUUCCUUCCCUGAGCGCAUCUCUCCCAACACCCUCUUAAACAUCGCUAACUCUCCUCUGUGUCGUCCUCCGUUCCCGGCCGGCGUGGGCCCCGUUCUGUCCCAGAUCCAACGCGCCCAGAUGCUCAACUCUCAGUUGUCUCGAAAGCACCAUGAAUCCAGAGAAUGCCAGACUUUGGUGACAAAAUUUGCCCACCAAGGACCGCCGCGCCACCUUCCAGUUCAAGUGAGCACAGAACAACAAGUUUGUCCCACCAAGAUGACACGCUACAAAUCGUCACUGGACUCAACGCUCACCUGUGUUCUCAUCCGUACACCUGAAUGCACUCGCCUUGAGCCGUCUCACUCACAAAUUUGGCCACCUGGAGUGUAUUCAUUCGUUGCUGGCUUCCCCAGGGGCUGUCAGGGUCCCCCGUUGCUGCCUGGUGGCGGAGGCUUCAGGCCCUUCUUCGGCCAGCCCCCUCCCCACAGGAUGGGUCCCCACCCCGGCGGGCCCCCUCCCAACCACAACCACGUCCCUUGUCCCAUCAUCCGGCACAACACCACGCACCUGCACCCCCAGCACCGCCGCAUGCUCACCCAGAGGAUGCAGAGUAGAGGAGGUGAGCGUGGCGGGCGUGUUGGGGACUGGCGGAGCAGGGACCCCUACAGUAACUUGAUGAGCCAGAGGGAGAAGGAGUGGGUGGCCAAGAUCCAGAUGAUGCAGCUGCAGAGCACUGAUCCCUACCUGGAUGACUACUACUACCAGAAUUACUUUGAGAAGUUGGAGAAGAGGCAGGAGCGAGACAGAGACGGCGUGAGGAAGGAGCACACCACCAAACUCAUCACCCCCCAGGUGGCCAAGCUGGAACACACCUACAGACCAGUGCAGUUUGCAGGCUCGCUGGGUAAGCUAACUGUGUCCAGCGUCAACAACCCCAGGAAGAUGAUCGACACGGUGGUGACUAGUCGCACUGAUGACGAGGAGAAGAGAGAGAAACAGGUGUGGGAUAAGAGACGGCAGAUCCUCUACACUGUGGAGAAGAUGUACAGUCUGCUGCUGGAGGUGCAGGACUUUGAGAAGCGCUUCAUGCAGACGCCGGAGGAGCAGAGGGAGGCCCUGCUGGAGCAGCACAAAACCCACACGCUGCAGCUCUACAGCUCCCUCAAGGAGAAGGAGUGGGACGACAGGGUGAGUGACGAGCAGUGUCUGUUGAUCAUGUCGGUGCGUAAGGGAAAGCGCCUCGUCUCCAGGCUCAUCCCUUUCCUGCCUCCGCUGCAGGCCGCCACCGUUGUCAUGGGGAUUGCCCGGAACCUGCCAGCCCUGGCCAAGAAAGACAAACAGGACCAGGUGCUGUGCUGGUUGGUGGAGCCAAUUGCCGUGGUGAUCUCAUCCCUAUCUAGCGCCUCCCUCACAGAUUUGCUGCAGGAGCUGCAAGGCAGCGAGGGUCAACUGUCCAGAGUGUUACAAAAUAAGUUUGGUGUGACACUGCUUUACCUGAUCCUGAGUGAAGGAGAGCGAAUGCAGAGCUCCAACCCCACCUGUCAACUCAUGGAUGACAAUCGAUGGACAGAGUUGGUGUUCUCUGUGACCAGGGAGCUGCUCAACGUGCCCUCCUCGUCCCUGUCCCCUCCUCUCUUCACCCCUCCCAACCUGCUCUCUCUCUUCUCGCGCUACGUCGACCGACAGAGGCUGGAGCUGCUGCAGGAGAAGUUACAGAUCUCCGCAUUGUCCAGGUAGAGGUGACUACAGACAUCAAGAGAACCUCAGUUGAAGCGUGUGUGCGCACACUAUUGUACGCAGGGGAGUAGGCUGUCUACUAGGGUUGAUAACUGAUUUUAAUCCAGCAGAAUCUCUUGUCGUUUUUUUUCUUCUUUGUGUCCAUUAGGUGUGUAUGGGGAUGCGCGUGAGUGAGUGAUGAAACAGAGAAUACAAAUCUGCUUUUUUUUAUUCUUGUUAACGUUGAUGCCUGUGAUAAAACAUCAAAUUAAAAGUAUUUCUAUUGUAUACAAC